AUGUAAGUAUGUGUGUGUUAAAGAGAGGGAGAGAGAGCGUGCGUAAGAGAGGGAGAGUGAGUGAGUGAGAGAGAGACUGAGGAGUGAGCAAGAGAGAGCGAAAGCUGCCAUCAUAUGACACUGACUGAGCCAAGUUGAGAAGCAAACUGCUGCAAAGAGAGAGAGAGAGAGACGGAGAGAAGGGGGAGAGAAAUGAGGGGAUAGAAGAAAAGUUGACAAGCAGAAGAGAAGAUAAACCCUCAGAAGAGCGUCCACCAAGCGUCCACCUGCGGCCAGGAGAACACUGAAAGAUGGAUGCAAAUGAGACAGGGCCACCCAAGGACCCUCCCGAGGAUGUCAACAAACUGAGCUUCUGGAUGCCUGGGAACUACCAGCGCACAGUGCAGAGGACUCCUGACUCAUUCCAGGCGUGUAAUGACAUCGUGACCUGCUUCCAGGAGCGUGCCCGCGUGGAGAAGCAGUACGCCCAGCAGCUCAGCCAGUGGAGCAGCAAAUGGAAGAACAUCACCGAGACCAGGCCUCUGUACGGCUCCCUCAUGCGGGCAUGGCAGUGUUUCUUCAGCUCCGCCGAGCGUCUCUCCGCCCUGCAUUCCAACAUCUCCCAGUCCCUCGUUGCUGAGGAAGGCGACCGCGUACGCACCUGGCAGAAGGACACCUUCCCGCGCAAGAUGUUCUACGGCUUCCGCGAAGCGCACGACCUGGAGACCGAGUUCUCGCGUGCUCAGAAGCCAUGGGCCAAAAAGCUGAAGAAACUGGAUCAGGCACGUGCAGCUUACCACAAGGCCAGCCAGCGCGAGCAGGCCGCCAGUGACCGCGAGAAGGCGGCCAAGGACAACUCAGCCCUGAGUGAACAGAAACUCAACAAGAUUGUGAAGGCCACGGAGUCGGCCAGGGAGGACAAGGAGAAAGCCCACGGGAAGUAUGAGAAAGUCCUGGAAGAUGUGACAUCAUAUGCCCCUCGCUACAUGGAGGAGAUGGAGGCUAUUUUUGAUAAGUCACAGGAGGAAGAGAGGAAACGCAUCAGCUUUCUCAAACAAGCCUUCCUGUCAAUACACCGUCACUUGGACGUCACCAACAAUGAGAGUGUGAAGGCUGUGUACAGCGAGCUGCACCACACACUGAUGUCCAUAAGUGAGCCAGACGAUCUGCGCUGGUGGAAGAAUAACCACGGCCCUGGCAUGCCCACCGAUUGGCCCAGACUAGAGGAGUGGAUUCCUCCUCUGCACAAACCAAAGCGAGGCAAGAAGCCAAAGAGGGGACUGGAGGAGAGGACAGUAAUGAUCGGAGGGGUGAAAGUCCGGGCUUUGUUUGAUUACGUUGGCGAGGAGGAGGAUGAGCUCUCCUUCAAAGCAGACGAGCACUUCCUGAAGAUCGAGGAGGAGGACGGCCAGGGCUGGUGCAGAGGCAUGAAGGAGGGCGGGGUCGAGGGAUUCUACCCAGCCAAUUACGUCGAGAUUGUAGAAUGACCUCCCACGCACUAGGGGAGCCAGAGGGCUCAGAUGCAGCUGCUCCCGAUGUUGGUUCUUGUUACCGUAGCAACCAGGAAUAAAGAAUGUGGACAGCUGAUUGUGUGCGCCACGGUGCCUGGAACCCAAGAAAAUGCCUGAAGUAUAUUUCCCCCUCUGAUAUGAAAGUAAUGCAUUGAUAUUAACCCAAAAAUAGGAUUACAUCAAGAGGUUUAAAACAAUUAAGCAUUUAUGUAUUUCAUUUCUCUGAAUGAAGGUUUACUGUAUUCAACAUUUCUAAUUAAAUCUAAAUAGAGUUUCUAAUUAAA